AUGGUUAACAGCCGGACGCUUUAUUUGACUUCAAUGUGGUCACUGGAGGAUCGAGGGAUCCCGGAAAUCGGAGACAAGCUCAAGGCAUUGAAUCCUGAUUCUUCGAUCAAGGUCGAAUAUCUACGUGAUAGACAUGUGGGUUUGUACGCUGUUUACAAUGGUGGCUUUGCUAACCCUACCCAGAUCUUGGUUGUCACCGGUCAGUUCGAUGAGGAAUUUGAUGUCCAAAUCACGUCCCUACUUGCAAAUUAUAUCGAAGAGCAUCGUGAUGAUGAUCUACUUGAGAUGCCGAGAGUUCGUCAACUUCCGAUCUCGACCUACUUCGAUCCCAAUCCCCUCCCUGGCUACGGCAGUGAUGCGCAGCCAGAGCUGGAAACCCUAGUGGAGGAUAUUAUGCCGACACAAACCACUAACGACGGACCCAUUGUCAAGUUCUGGUAUCCCUCGCAGGCGGGAUUGGGUCCCAUCUCUCAUGACUCGGGCCCUCUCCUACUUCGUAUUUCCAAAAUGACGAAGACACAAAUUAAAGUGCAGGGAGCUCGAGGGCUCCGCAUUUCUGCACAACACAUGGACCACAUCGAUGGGGCGAUGGAUAUACUCGACUCCCUUGAAGAAUGUUUGGAUCUCAUUGAGAACCCAAACCGAGGGGUAAGUAUCUUCGCUCCAAAGCGGGAAAACGCUACCUUUCGCAUCAUGCCAUAUUCACAGGUCAGUGCCACUGCCUUGUGGCGCAUUUUAAUCGACCGAAAUGCCUCACUUCGUCUCCCAAAGAUAAUGACCCUGGUAGUCUGCGAAUUCGACGAGUUCGCCAACGAAUUCCGUCCACUUCGCAAACUUCGGCAGCCGCCGCAAGUGGCUCUGAAUGAUGCGAGAAUUACUCGAGACUGGGAAGACUAUCAUUUUCUAGAGAUUGGUCGGAAAACCGAUCCCCUUCUAAAGGAAAUUGGCCAGCAUCUCGCGCCUAAAAGUGAGACCUCUCAUGAGAAGAGCGAUGCUCGGCACCCGUAUCUUUCUACUGGCAAGGCAAAAGAUGUCGACAAAUGGAUCUCUCGGGGUGUCUCUAAACGGCCAUUGGCAACCGAAGGUUAUACAAAAAGAUCACUGGAAGACGAACCCGCCUCCCCUAAGCUUGUUGCGCCCCAGCCUGAUUCCAGCGUUUCUGUGCCACUGGACCGGAGACAGUCUGGUCCAUUCAAGCCCAAUCCCGCAGGCGUCAAAGGACGCGUGGUUAUGCUACCAGAUCGAACUGUAGCACCCUCUAGCCAGUCUCGACAAGAAAAGCCAAUAGAAACCCCUCAUGGCGCAGGUACCUCCGUGUUUGGCAGACUCAGCUAUGUGGAGAGAAACAGGGAGCAACAGGUACCCAGUUCAUCUGUCUCAAUGCCUCAACAAAAAGAACCCGUUAGUAUCCCUCGCAGCCCGACUGACUGCACUGCUCCAAAUGCAGCUCCCAAAACGUCGGGAACAAAGUCUGAGGCAACAGGUCCUGCCCCUUCUACCUAUUCUACCUCUACUCAGGAACCAAAGUCAAUUACCACCCCUCGUCUUGCAGUUCCAUCUGCCUCUCUGAAUGCAACCCCCACGCAGCCGGGAGACACGUCAAAUGCAACUGAUUUGCCUAUCUGUCCCGCUAACCAAGCAGCAAAGCUGAGCACUCUGCGCCGAUCAAUUCGCUCUAGUUCUCCAAGCGUCGACAAGGCCCGGCCUCUCGGCAUAGUCGAGUCAAUGAAUUUGCAGGUGAUUACAAGGCCUCCAGCGCGGAGCGUCGAUUCAGUUAUGGGAGAGAUAAAGCUAAGGCUUGAGACGGCCAAGACCACGAAGGAAACCGGAAUAGACGAAGUGUCCAGCAAGCCAAGGAUAACGGAUCAACAGCCAAGCACCACAUCCACUCGGCUGGAUAGCAGCACAGAGGAAACAGAAGACCUCAGUCCCCUGAUUGAUCUUGACUGCGAAGUGACAACCCUCAAUACUGGUUUCCAACACAUUGUUGCGUUCGAUCCGCUAGCCACAGCCUCAUCAAGUGGUGUUCCGGAACAGUAUACAGAUCAACAUGGCCAACUCCAGCAUGGCGAGGCUCCCACCUUUACUGAAACUGGUGAUAUUUUCGAUAUGCCCAAUAUCGAUGAUACAACUAUGCAACCUCGGCUAACUCAGAGCGUCUCUCCUUGUCCUGGGUCAACCCAAGAUCCGAUGAUCCCCCGUGCGACAGCUCCGGCGUCUGUUACUAGUGAGCCCGCCCAAGCAGGGCUCGUUACAGGUGCGCCAUUGCCUGAUUCAGAACUUGCUAUUCCUUGUCAUGAGAGCGACGUAUCCGAAGACAAGCAGAAACCUGAACAGGCCCCUGAAUGCCGCAGCAAGGCCGAUGAAGUAGCAAUGGAAUACCUUCUCCGGCAGAUCAAAGACAAUCCUGCCCCAGAAAUUCCCAGAAUUGAGGAGAUUGCGCUACCUCUUGAUGCUAGCAUUGUUGGUCCUGCACCUCGGGCUUUGUCUUCUAUUUCGCGUGAUAGUGCUCCACGUGGUAGUACUCAGCAACGCCAACACCCUGGUCAGGGAGUUGAGAGAGUGCCUUUUCUUCAUCCUGACCUCAUUGAUAUCUCACCUCACAUGCUUUCUCCUCGCUUGGGUCAUGACUCUUCGCAACAACCCGAGUCCAAAAAUGGCGAGCAAGAUGCGGAAGAAAAGGUUGGCGAAAGCCUGGCUACCUCAGAGGAAACUCAGACGAGAGAAUUCCGCGAGUCAAUGUUCCAUCAGCGGCCUCCCGACAAGGCCUUUCAAUGGGUGGAUGAAGUAACCAAGACAGUGAGGAAGGCAAAGACUGAAGUUCACACUGCUAAUGCCUCGCAGCGGAAGGAAAAUGUUGGAACCAACACAGAGGACAAGGAGAAUAUUCAAGCGCCCAUUUCUAACAUCUGGCAGCGAAGAACAGGAUCCAAACCAACAGAAGCACAGCCACGAAAAAGCACUGCGUUGUCCACGAAGGCGGCUGUGAAAUCAUCGAGGGAAAAGCACAUUCAUGACUUAACAGAAACUCUGUCUCGCUUCCUUCAACCAGUUCUUGAUUCAGUUCGCAGCUUUCCCGGAGCACUGAGUCUUGAAAUCCAGUUCGGGCUUAUGUUCAUGCCCAGUCUGCCAGCUUCAACCAAAGAGAGGGAGAUGAGUUACAGGGAGGUCCACCAGCUGUUCUUCUCUAAGCAUAACUUGACACCACCUCCAAUUUCAUUCUUCCAGCGCUUGACUUCAUCUCCUGCGGACAUUGACUACCUCAUCGACUUGGAAGUCAAUCAAAGUCGCCUGUUCGACCAAAAGUACAGCCACCGAGGCGUAAAGUACGAGUUCUGGUGCCGCGUUGGUUCGAACAGGACCAUUGUUGUUUCAGUUAAUGAAUAUGGAGAUGCUAUGAUCCGCUAUCCUGAGGUCUCGCUGGGCACGGUGCACUUGAGUUUCCCUUCACAAGUCUGGGAUGCAGCUGCCAGAGUACAAGGCUUUAUCGAAUACAAUACGGGGGUCGACCCAGAGCUUGAAGAAGCUGCACGAAUGAUGGCGAAAAGCAUCCGGAUAGAGCCAAACAAUAAACAUCUUCGUAUGCUGGUCCGUCUUCCCUCCGCAUCAAAGAUGAGAAUUGAGAAGGUGUUCAUGGAACGGUGGAGCCGUCACCCUUACCUCUUGCAAAAGAGCAAGGACUUGUUUCUCCAAAUCAGCGAGACUCAAGAACUGCUUGCCACCCCCUCUGUCCUGGAUCCGGGUAUUACUGUUUUGCAGAACGCCCCGCUUGAGAAAAUGGUCAAGGAUGGAAAGCAGUGGUGGCAGGCCUCGAUUGUCAGCAGCAAAGUGGAUGACAUCAUGAAAUCGAAUUCCUUCCUCCAACCUGGUGACCGCAAUGAGUCCUGGUGUGCAACAGAUCUCCUCGGUGCAGACAUCAUGAAUGUCGUUCCCUCUAUUGAGAACCAGGAGCUGAGUACCCUCGGAGCCGAAGUCGGCCAUUCGGGCAUUAGAGCGAUGUUCCAACUUGCCAAAACUGUCGUGGAGAAAAUCGAUGCUGUGGGGUACUGGAACAGAGGUCCUGCCAGUCUUGACAAGCGCACGAACACGUCGAACGACCGCAGCCAGGGUUGUAUAGGUACGGUCAAGGAGUCGUCCACUUACUUGGGGAAAUCAUUGGUGCCCUUGGUUCCGCCAUCUGGGACCAAGGAAAAGCACAAGUGGUGA